ACCCGCCAUCAGAAAAGUGAAAUAGAACAUAGCGCUUCAUUAUUCCCCGGAAUUUCUUUAGUUAUAAUCGCGUCGUACAUUCACUGAGACGUGAUGCCUAUAUUAUGGUGAGCGAAUGAUUAUUGUCCCCUUCAUUUCGCCGUACAUUCUCCCUCUACAACCAAAAAGAUGGCAGAAGCACCUCCAUGGCCCAGACAGUUUUUCUGUCACAGAUGUUCGGAAGAGAUCAGCCCUCGCCUCCCGGAUUACACAUGUCCACGGUGUGAAUCUGGCUUCAUCGAGGAACUGCUGGAGGAAAGAAGCAGUGAAAAUGGGUCCACAUCCACCAUCUCCAGCGGUGAUCAGAACCAACAGUCGUUAGAGAAUGUGGACUCUUCACACAUGGCUACAUUCCCAUCGGGUUACGGACAAUUUGCUCUGGGUGUCUUUGACGACUCCUUUGAUUUUGGAGCGGGGCAGGGAACAGAGGACAACCGCGACACAGAGAACCGGCGGGAACAGGAGAUGGCAUCAAGGCAGCGUUACGGCGCCAGGCAACCUCGCGGCCGCCAUGACAUCCGGGGACAGGCAGGGAGACAUGAGGGAGUGCCCACUCUAGAGGGAAUCAUUCAGCAGCUAGUGAAUGGAAUAAUCGCCCCUACGGCAAUGCCAAAUAUUGGUGUGGGACCCUGGGGCGUGCUCCACUCAAACCCCAUGGAUUAUGCCUGGGGUGCCAACGGACUAGAUGCAAUCAUUACACAGUUAUUAAAUCAAUUUGAGAACACUGGCCCUCCGCCAGCUGACAGGGACAAAAUCAAGAGCCUUCCCACAAUCCCAAUCACACAGGAGCAUGUUGUCUCAGGUCUAGAAUGUCCAGUGUGUAAAGAAGACUACAGUGCUGGAGAAAAUGUUAGGCAACUUCCAUGUAAUCAUUUGUUUCAUAAUGAUUGCAUAAUACCUUGGCUUGAACAGCACGACACAUGUCCAGUGUGCAGGAAAAGCUUGAGUGGACAGAACACCGCUAUGAAUCCUCCAGGUCUAUCAGGGAUGAACUUUGCUGCGGCCUCAUCCCCUACACCCCCGUCCUCCACUUCAACCAACAACGAGAACUCAGCCAACAACUGCUAAAAAAAAACAUUCUCCACCUCACACCACCCUGUGAACUGCCCUGAGUGGGUGCCAGUCUCUGGCUGUAGAGGGGAACUAAGAGCACACCCCCAGUCUCAUUCUCACUUGGAGCGCUGUCUCACACUGGACUGGAGCCAGCAGGAAUCCAAUCAAAUGAAAGUCGAUGCGUUUCUUCCCCACCUGAGGCUCUCCUCAAGCCUUCAGGAAUGGUGCGCCUUGCCGGGUGGUUGACCCCCUGCCUGGGGGAGAAUAGGAACAUUAGGGGGGGGGGGGGGGGGGUCACUCUGGAAACCUCAUCAUGCAACAACAGAUCAAGCCAGUUAGUCCUGCAUUCUGAGGGCAGACAAGGGUGGGAGGUUUUUCUGGUCUCUUACCAAGACAGAGUUGUUUUACAAUGAGAGGUAUAUUCAUUUUAAUACUUUGGAUGCACAGCAAUUUGUGAAAAAGGAUAAAUAUAUUGCAUUCACUUUUUUUUAAUUUUUAAGUAGCAUCCAUAUCUGUACAGUUGUAGGCCUCAAAAUGGAACUUUCAGGAGUGGAGGAGAAAGGAGGCUAAGUAUAGGAUGUCUACUUGGUUUGGAUUCUGCAUCUUGUUUCCAUGGAUUGGAAACAUCUUAUCAAAUUUUAAGUGUAAGUUUUUUUUUAAACAAAAGUACGUAUGAAUUUAUCAUUCAUACUUUAAAAAAACAAACCAUUUUCUCAAACAAUAACAACGCUACAUAAACAAAAGACCAAUAAACCGAUGCACACACAUUUCAACCAACAUCGACGACAUUACACCUGUUCCCACCGCAACCAUACACAUGACGUAUGUCUCAACCAUACACAUCACGUAUAUAUCUCAACUACACUCCCCCUUCAUCCCCUGGAACUUUCCAGUGCUUGUAGCACUAUGCCAUAUGGCCUCAAAUUGCACUGUUCUGAUUCUUUGUAGCCCACACCUUUUUAAAAUAUUUAAAUAAUUUGAUUCAUCCACUGUUGUAGUGAUGGAGGAUAAUUUUAUUUCCAGUUUGAGUAUAAGUAUGGUCCACCUGAUUUGGGUAUCUCAGUUUCUUACUGACUUAAGUUGCACUGAUAUCAUUGUUUUGCUCUUUCAAUUAAGAAACAAACUACAUUUGGCUUGGGGCUUUUUGGAAAAUUUAUUUGGAUGCUGGAUUGUCAAAUGUUACUGAAUUCCUUUAACUACAGAGGGAAAAUCCAUUGUAGUUAACCUUCUAGACAUUCUAACUCAGCCUUUUCUUAUUCAAUCAUACAUAAUCAGUGAGUUUCAGUGCAUUUUUUUUUAUACAUGAAGUUAAAUGUGAAAAAAAUCACAAAAUAAAAUUAAGUGAAAUAUUGAUUUGCAGAUUAUGUAAACCCCUGAACAAAACAAUCAAUUUGAAAAUAAAGAUGUUUUGGGUGCUACCGCUCAAUAUUCAAGUGAA